AGUUUCAACUCCUUUUUCAGAUACAUGCAUUUCAACGAGAUUGAAGCUAUUGAACCUAACACUUUCUCCAACCUCCCGUCUUUGGAAAGAUUAUUUUUACACAAUAAUCGUUUGUCAAGGAUACCUGUUGGUGCUUUUCGGGACAUGAAGUCAUUAAGAAGAUUACGGCUGGACUCUAACACACUUAUCUGUGACUGCCAUCUGCUCUGGCUGUCGGAAAUGUUAAAAGAAAAACAAACAACUACCCAGGCUGCAGCCACGUGCGAAUACCCAGUCUCUCUCCAAGGAAAAUCGCUGACUGCGCUCUCUUUCGACGAUUUCCAUUGCAAGAAACCUCAGUUCACGGAAGAACCAACAGACGUGGACGUUUCAUUUGGGGGGACAGUGUACUUCUCUUGUAAGGCUGAUGGUGACCCGGAACCGGAAAUAGUGUGGCUUCACAACAAAAAUGAGAUCAUCCCGGAAGAAGAUGCUAGACUCAGCAUUCUUAAUGAUGGUACCCUGAUGAUUACUGAAGCUAGAGAUAGUGACCAGGGAGUCUACGAAUGUAUGGCCAAAAAUGCUGCUGGAGAAGCAAAAUCCAGAACUGCUCAGAUACGUUACUACGGAGACAGAGGUAGAUAGGAAUUAUUAGAUAUUAGAUCCAGAACU